CCCCAAUUCAAGAAAAAAAUUCAUAUGACAUAAAUAUUCAAUUCAUAACCACAAUUACAUAUCUUCCCAUUUCAUACAUGUCUCUCUACCUCUCCAAAUAAUAGACAUGGGGGAAAGAAAAAAGUUAUACCCCCAAAAGGAAAAAAAAAGGGAAUAAGGAAACUGUUCUUCAUCUUUACCAUCUUUGAACAAAUUUAUAUAUUUUGGUGUAGAAAUGACAAGUUUAUAUGUAUGUAUUAAUAAAAGAUGAGAAAGAUGGGUUUGGAGGAGAAGGCGAUUCACAAAGGUAAUAAUGAGAGAUAUGCAGAAACCACCAAUGGUGUUUCACAUCCUGAAGGAAAGGGAAAUAGGCCUAACAACAAAUAUGUGUUAGCUUGCGCCAUCUUUGCCUCUCUUAAUUGUGUUCUUCUUGGAUAUGAUGUGGGUGUUAUGAGCGGAGCCAUUAUAUUCAUGCAAGAAGACCUACAACUCACAGAGGUGCAAGAAGAAGUCUUUGUGGGAAUCCUAAGUAUAGUUUCUCUCUUGGGAAGUUUAGCAGGAGGAAAGACAUCAGAUGCCAUAGGUAGAAGGUGGACAAUGGCUUUUGCAGCAAUGGUUUUCCAAUCAGGUGCCGCCAUAAUGGCUAUAGCCAACAGUUUCAGAAUCUUGAUGUUCGGUAGAUUCUUGGCUGGAAUCGGGAUUGGGUUCGGGGUCAUGAUCGCACCUGUAUACAUAGCGGAGAUAUCCCCUGCCAUUGCCCGGGGCACUCUCACUUCGUUCCCUGAGAUAUUCACGAACCUCGGGAUUCUGCUCGGGUAUGUUUCGAAUUAUGUGUUUUCGGGUUUGCCCCCGCAUAUAAGCUGGAGAGUCAUGCUUGCCGUGGGGAUAACACCCUCAGUUUUUAUUGGGUUUGCACUAUGUAUCAUCCCGGAGAGUCCUAGAUGGUUGGUAAUGAAGAAUAGGAUUGAUGAAGCAAGGUUGGUGUUGUUGAAGACCAAUGAAAAUGGUAGAAAUGGGGUUGAGGAGAGGUUAGCUGAUAUUCAAAGAGCAGCGGCCGAUUGUGCUGGCGGAGACAAGUAUCAAGGGAAGGAUGUAUGGGGUGAGCUUUUGAGCCCGUCGCCCGGUGUUCUGCGAAUGCUCAUCGCCGGUUGUGGCAUUCAAGUGUUUCAGCAAAUCACAGGUAUUGAUGCAACUGUGUAUUACUGUCCAACGAUCUUCAAAGAUGCUGGGAUGAGGAGCAACUCCCAUCUCUUGGCUGCAACUGUGGCUGUUGGAUUCACAAAAACAAUCUUCAUCCUGAUAGCUAUUAUGUUGAUUGACAAGGUAGGUAGGAAGCCAUUGUUGUACAUGAGCACCAUUGGCAUGACAGUUUCUCUAUUAGCUCUUGGAAUCACACUCUCUUUGCCUUCCUCCUCUUCAUCAUCUCAUGUCAAUCUGGUAAUCCUCUUUGUUUGUUCAAAUGUGGCAUUCUUUUCUAUCGGAAUCGGUCCGAUAUGUUGGGUUCUAUCAUCGGAGAUCUUCCCGUUGAGGCUUCGAGCUCAAGCGUCGGCCCUCGGGGCAGUCGGCAGCAGAGUUAGCAGUGGGGUGGUGGCCAUGUCUUUCCUAUCUAUGUCUCGUGCCAUUACUGUGGGAGGGACGUUUCUGUUUUUUGCUGCUGUUUCCGCUGUGUCUGUGGCCUUUGUUCAUAAGUGUUGCCCUGAAACAAAGGGGAAAUCAUUGGAAGAGAUUGAGAUGAUGUUCCAGAAUGAUAAUGGUGGAGGAAGAGUGCAUGUCGAAGAUGCUGAACUACUUCUAAUGCAGAGACAAGAAUCUGUGUAUUAAUCAUUAAAAAACAAAUUCAUUUUGCAUCUUUGAUGUUUUAAACACAAAUGGGAGUAAUAGUUUGAAGUAAAACAGUACUUCAAAUUUCAUGAAAUCUUACGUAGUGAAAUUAUUUUUUUGUUUUGAAUAUUCAAAAAGCAUCAGUUAGUGCCUUCGUCCUAUUUCAGUCCCAUUUUGUCAACACACAUAACUCUUAAUCUCUUAUUUUAUAUAUCAAAUUUUUAUUAAAUUUGAUUUUGGUUUUUGCGACUUUG